AAGGAACAUAGAGAAAAAGAAAAAGAAAAGUAAUGGCUAGCUUCCCUAGAAGAGUAAAACGAGUUACUGACCCGCUCGACGACAGAGUCAAGGCGCAACUUGUCGGCGUCUGUUCGGCCAGCAGCGGAUCCGAACGAUCUGCAGCCUCCGAAGAUGACGCUCCCUGCGGCCUCUCGGAACUCGUUCAUAGUUUCUUGGAAGAUGACCGCGAGGCUGCUGAACAAACCGGAUACGACUCCGACUCGGACCCUCUCGACUCAAACCUUGAUGCUACUGACUCGCUCGAGAUCAUUAUCAAGUCAAUCUCUCUUAACAGCACCGAUUCUUACAGGAAUCUGCUAUUGGUUGACGUUUCGAAUGCAAUAGAAAUGCUUUCCCUUUUCAGGACGGAUAAAGCUAUUUUCAGGCGUAAAGUGAUGGCUUAUCUUCGCAAGGUUGGCCACAAUGCGGCGAUCUGCAAGACGAAAUGGAGUUCCUCUGGUGGCCUAACCGCCGGAAACUACGAGUUCAUCGACGUGGUGCAAUCAGUAUCACCGACGCGGCAUAACAGGUACUUCGUUGAUAUCGAUUUCGUCUCCGAAUUCGAGAUCGCGAGGCCGACGAGCGAUUACUUGAGGCUAUUGAAGUGUUUGCCUAGGGAUUUCGUGGGGAAAAUCGAGGAAUUGAAAAAGACGGUAAAGAUCAUGACCGAUUCGGCGAAAAGAUCGUUAAAGAGCAGACAAUUAUCCCUCCCUCCAUGGAGAAAAAACCGUUACAUGCAAAACAAAUGGCUCGGUCCGUACCAUCGGACGACAAACCAUAUCCAUGCGGACAACAGCUCGUUGACACCGGCGACGAUCCAUCCGGUGAACACCGUCCAAUGCCGUUACGUUGGCUUCGACGACUCCGUCAACGGCAGUUUGUUCGUCCGUACGAGAUGAUAAUUUUUGAGAA